CCAUGUAAUAUUCCUAUGCUCACAAAAUCGUUUACAAAAUAUGUCAUCGAUAAGUAUGUUAAUAAAGAAUUUAUUGUGCAAAAAGAUGAAAAGAAUGGUCUUUCAAACUCGGUUGAUUUGGCGUUUUGGAAAGCGAUGGGAGAAUCUAAUUUAUAUGAGGCACUUCGAUGUUUAUCACUAGGAGCUAAUGUUGAUUGGAAAAAUGACCAAGAAAAUUACACUACGGCAUUACAUCAAGCCAUACUACGAAGUGAUGAUAUUGCAGUGGAAUUCCUGCUUUCAUGGUCUUGUGAUAUAAACGAGGUUGAUAAGAAAGGAUGGAGUUGUCUGCAUCAUGCAGCAGCAACGAAUAAUGCUAGAUUAUUAUUGAUUUUAAUGAAGAGACAUGCCAACAUUAAUUUGAAAGACAUAAAUGGAAAGCGACCAGUUGAUAUUGCUGUGGAAUUGCAAAAAGUACAAGCAGUAACAGUUUUAAGAUUAUAUCAAUUUGAAAAUCAACUUACAAGAUCAGAGUAUUCAAAUUUUGGGGUUGGUGAAGCAUUAAAUAGUAUAUCAAAACCAUAUGCAGUUGACACUCUUUAUACCGAGCCUAUAUAUACCGAAGCCGAUUCUGAGUACAUAUAUUUGCCCAACAACACAUACGAUGAACAAACGAUCGUGCAUUCAGACCAAUCAAAAUAA